AUGAUUGAACUCGGCCUAUCCCGUAUUUCGCGAUUGGUCCAGCACUCGCAUCUGCCUUGGAGAGCUAUCCACGUCGCUGGCACAAACGGCAAAGGCUCCAUUACAGCGUACCUCUCGGCCUUGCUCGCCGCAGCCGGUGUGCGCUGCGGCUCCUUCACCUCCCCGCACCUUAUCGACAGAUGGGACUGCAUCACGAUCAACGAGCGGGUGAUCCAGGAAUCCUUCUUUCGCCGUGUAGAGAACGAGGUCAAACUCCGCAGCCAGAUGCUGGGCGUCAACGCGUCGGAGUUCGAGUUGCUGACAGCUACCGCGUUUGAAAUUUUUACCAAUCAAAAUGUCGAGGUGGGCAUUAUCGAGGUUGGCAUGGGAGGCAGGCUGGAUGCGACGAAUGUAUUAAGCAAUGUUCUCGUUUCUGUCAUUGCGAAAAUUGGCUAUGAUCACCAGGCUAUACUGGGAGAUACCAUUGAGAAGAUCACGCGAGAGAAAGCCGGCAUAAUGAAGGCGGGAGUCCCCUGUGUCGUUGACGGGACAAACGAGCCGCUGGUUCAACAGGUCCUCCGGGCAGCUGCGGUCAAGGCACAUACGCCAAUAACAUUUGCUCGUCCAGACAUCAUUCAACAAACAUUCCCAGAACUUGUGGGGAUAUUCCAGCAUCUCCAUCUCGAACCCCACCAGUUAGCCAAUAUCUCAUGCGCGCUGACAGGUCUACAGCAAGCGCUACCGCAACUCAAACCCAACUCGACCCUACCAAGUCUAUUCCCGUAUAUCUCCAAGACACCUCGGCCCGGUCGACUACAAGAAAUCUCUCUCAACCCUUUGAUUCCACGUAAGCAACCAGUCCUACUCGACGGGGCGCACAAUCCACAAUCCGCCACGGUACUCUGUGCAUAUGUAGACCGCAAUCUUCGAAAACAAACCCCUGAGCAUGCUGGUAUCACCUGGGUAAUUUCCGCAUCCCAGGGUAAAGACAUCAAGGAAUUAUUCAGCUGCAUUGUUAAACCAGGCGACAAUGUUGCUGUUGUUGAGUUUGGCCCUGUGGAUGGGAUGCCAUGGAUGAGAAGCGUGCAGGCAGCCGAACUCCUCUCUGUUGUAAAGGCCUUCAUACCCGACAUCGCUAGGUUUGAAAUCUUUAGUAGGGAUGUAUUAUCAGGGCUGAAAUGGGCUGAUGAAAUCUCAGGCGGAGGUCCGUUGGUGAUUGCCGGCAGUUUAUAUUUGGUAUCUGACGUUCUGCGACUGCUUCGUGGGGUGAAUUCUGAUGUAGAUAUACUGAAAUCGUCGUGA